CGGCCGAUCACAAUCUUGGAAGCCUCUGACUGUCAGAAGGUCGAAUAGCCGACCACUACCCGUGGUAAUUUUCCGUUUCACGGGAGGAAUUGUCAGAAAUUAAACGUGCAAUGUCAGAAGUUCAACGACAAACUGCUGGUUCCUCCUUCCACUAUUCCCACCUUUACGCUUUCGCAGACGGCGAACUAGCUGUUCUAGUCUUCAUCUACAGGUAUUUACCUACUGAUACGUGGCCGACCCCCUUGGAAGUCUCGGUUGGCCAGCACGAUCACACUACUCUUCAGUGGCAAUGUCAUUACCAGUGGAGUCUCACCUCUCGAUACCGAGUACCACAGUAUACUCUCCGGGGAACCCAGCUCUCUGGGGCUGGAAGGAUGGGGUAGAUUCUGACAUCCGAGCUUGUGAGCAUCAGUCGGUCUAUAUAGACCUUGGGAGUGUCUACUGCUUCCUCUGUUGCGUCGCCCAUCUUCUCCUCUCUCCCUCACUGUCCCAAACAAGUAUUAGUCUCCCCUUUCAACAUGGCCAAAUUGACAAACUACAACAUCCUCAUCUCCCUGGUGGUGUCCUGGGGUGGUUAUGCCUAUGGCUUUGGCUUUGCCAUCUUCGUCACCAGCAUCGGUCAACCAGGAUUCUACAAAUACUUCGACCUCGACCCUACCAGCGACUACUGUGCCAAUAUCCUGGGAGCCAUCAAUGCCCUCUUCAACUUCGGGCUAGCUAUUGGCGCCCUGGCUCAGGGCUGGCUCGCUGAUGUGAUCGGCCGCAAGAAAGCGUUCUACCUGGCAGGCACAUCCGCACUUGUCGGUGCCAUCCUGGUGACGGCCUCGGUCAAGAUCGCCAUGCUCAUCACAGUCCGACUGUUGCACGGGUUCGGUCUAGGCAUGCUGAUUUGCCUUGUACCUCUUUAUCUUACCGAAACUGCUCCGCCGCGUCGACGAGGACUGCUCUCAGGUUUGACAACGAUGAGUUUUGGGAUGGGCUAUUUCACCUGCGCUUGGAUAUCCGUAGGCUGCUACUUUGCCACGAACACGACCGUGCAAUGGCGAAUGCCUCUGGCUCUGGCAUGCGUCGGGCCUCUCGCCCUUCUUAUUGGCUUGCCAUUCAUUCCUGAAUCUCCCCGCUACCUCACCCUCAUCGGCAAGACCACAGAAGCCUGGGAAGUGCUGAAGAAGAUCCACCACGACCCGACCGACCCCAAUGACUGUUCUGCACGGGCUGAAUAUACCCAGAUCGUGCGGCAAGUCGAGUUCGACAAGUCCAUGAAAUCGGGAUACAUUGAAAUGUUCAGGAAGCCAUCGUGGAGGAAAAGAAGCUUGCUUGCCUUGUUCAUACAGUUUGCCUCCCAAUCCACAGGUAUCCUUGGUAUCUCGAACUAUCUCGUCUUGAUCUUUGGAAGUCUCGGCAUGAGCGGCGUGAUGCCUCUGAUUGUCUAUGCCUUGUACACCACAGUGGGCACUUUCUGUGUCUUCGUCGCCAUAUAUACUGUCGAUCGCAUUGGUCGGCGGACCAUGUUCCUCAUUGGCUUCCCCGCGCUCGCAAUGUGUCUCCUGCUCGAAGCAGUCCUCCAAUCCCAGUACCUGGGUACCGACAACAAAGCCGGGCUGGGCGCAUGCGUGGCUGUCAUCUACAUCUACAUCAUCUUCUUCCAAGGCGUUGACGGACCCAGUUUCAUCUGGAUGUCCGAGAUCUUCCCCACAACCAUCCGCGCAAAGGGUAUCUCCUUAGGGUUCUUCUCGUACUUUGUCGGUGCGAUCACGUACACGACGCCGUCGGUGUUGGCUUUCAAAAAUGCAAAGUACAACAUGUACUUUUUGUACAUGGGCCUGUGCAUCGUCUCGACGGUCAUCGUGUACUUGUACUGUCCCGAGACAAAGCAAAUUCCCGUGGAAGAGAUCGGCGCACUGUUCGGCGAUGAAGUCGUGGUACAUCUCACAGCUGAUGGGCACGGGAUCGUGGAACAGGAUGAGAUGGUCAAGGUCCAGGAGACGACUCAUGCAGAGAAGGUCUAAAAUGCCGCAUUUGGCCUCUUCGAGUUCGUGGCAAGAAAUGAUGGUAAGGGGCUUGAUGGUGAGACGAAUCAGAUGUGGUCAGGCCCAGUCUAGCCGGACCAAGAGAGCGUGUGGUUAAUGGCCAGAAGACCACUGGUGGAGCCGAACAGAACGGCACAGCGAGGUGCCUCUUGGGACAAAAUUCAAUCAAGAAUGAGUAAAGAAAUAUCAGUCUAGUGACGAUGCCCCAGAAACAA